AUGGGAUUCAAAAAGGAUGUGCCCAAGGUUGGCAUGUGUUUUGGAACCAUUGAUGAUACAAAUCAAUUUUAUCAGAAUUAUGCCAAGCGCGUUGGUUUUGUUACUAAGAUAAGGUUUACUCGAAGAGUUGGUAAAGAUAAGGUUCCUAAGAAUCAAAUGAUCACUUGCAAUAGAGAGAGGAAACGCAAGUCUAGAGUUUUACCAAUAGAAAAGACCAACCCUAGAACCAACUACAAUUGCCCCGCAAGGAUUUCUAUUAGGUUGAAUAAGGAGGGUCUUUGGAUUAUAUCGAAGGUGUGUUUGGAUCAUUCACAUCCUUGUGAUCCAGAGAUGGCAAAAUUGUUGACACAUAAUAGAGAGAUGAGUAUGCACAUGUAUCGAGUCAUUGAGAGGAAUGAUGAAGUAGGUGUGAGACCAAGCAAAACAUAUCAAGUGUUGGUGGGUGAAUCGUGGGGUUUCUCUAAGAUAAACUUAAUGGAAAAAGAUAUUAGGAACUAUCUCAACAGAAAGCGUUUCAAAACUAUAUUUUGGGCUGAUGCUCGAAGUAGAGUAGCAUAUGAGUACUUCGGUGAUGUAGUUUCGUUUGAUACCACUUAUAAAACCAAUCGUUACGAUAUGCCAUUUGGUUUCUUUGUGGAGGUUAAUCACCAUGGUAACUCAGUGCUUCUUCGGUGUGGUUUGUUGACUAAGGAAAAUUCAGGCUCGUUUACUUGGUUAUUUAAUGCUUGGCUUACAUGUAUGCAUGGAAAGGCUCCUAAAGGCAUUAUAACAGACCAAUGCCUCGGAAUACGAGAUGCAAUUGAGAAUGUGAUGCCAGAGACACGUCAUAGGUUAUGCAUUUGA